UAUAGUGACAGGAGCAGAUGAAUUUAGACUAUCACAAUCUAAAAAAUGUUUCUUCUUGCUGUGGCAUUGGUUUCCGUUUUGGCUAGCAGCCAAGCAAUUCCCCUUGCAAGAAUUGUUAAUGGGACAGAUGCUACAGAGGGUGAAUUUCCGUUUAUGGUGUCCAUUAGAAUGGCCAAUGGUACUUUCCAUACAUGCGGCGGAACAAUUAUCGGGAAAAGGUGGAUUUUGACCGCCGGUCAUUGCCUGAGCACGGGGCUGAGUUCAAUCAGAUUCGGAACGAUAGUUAGAAACGAAGGAGGUCUUGAACCGGAACGUGACAUCAAGAUCGUUAAACAAAUCGGUAAUCCGGAUUACUUUAAUGACUAUGUAGGCGACGAAUGGAUAAUUAAAAACGAUAUAGCAUUGCUUGAACUCGCUGAAGAUUUACCAUACGGCCCAACAGUUCAGCCCGCAAAAUUGCCGGAACAAGACGCUUCUGUUCCAGUAAACCAAAGCGCGGUUCUUAUCGGCUGGGGAUACUUAAGCGGCUUCGGUGUGGAAAAACCCGAAAUCCUCCAGAAAGUUAAUUUGACUGUUUACGGAAACGACUACUGCGACGAAGUUUUGACGGUUCCCUAUAACGAUACCCAGAACUUAUGCGCAGGGGUUGACGCUAACGAUAAGGGACAGUGCACCGGAGAUAGUGGUGGACCAUUACUGGUGAACGGGGUACCAACGGGGAUUGUCUCCUGGUCCGUAAAACCCUGCAUAUCGGCCCCAGGGGCUUUCACCAAGAUAUCCAAUUAUAGGAAUUGGAUAAGAAGCAUUACUGGAAUUAUAACAUUCAAUAUUAAUAAUCUACUUCUCAAAUUAAUGAGGAGUUGGAUGCGAAUGCUUGAUUACGACGGGCCAUUUUCUUCAAAAAUGAUUUAUCUUUUAGUUGGAUUGCUCGUCUCACUCUCAGCUACCAGGGGUGCUGUCCCAAACCCAAGAAUUGUAAAUGGUACCAACGCGACUGAAGGCGAAUUUCCUUAUGUGGUAUCCAUAAGAGUUUUAAGCGGCCGGUACCAUUCUUGUGGAGGCUCUAUCAUAGGGGAAAGAUGGAUUCUGACUGCCGGCCACUGCAUCAGUGAGUAUAUCGAAACUAUAAAAUUUGGAACAAUAGUUCUGGACGAGGGACGAGCUGUACCUUCUCUGGAUAUCGACAUAGCGAACCUGUAUUUGCAUCCUGGGUUUAUUAAUGAAGACGACGAAAACGGAAAUUGGCUUUUUGCGAACGAUAUUGCGCUUUUAGAACUUGAAAAAGAUUUACCUUACGGACCAAACGUCCAGCCCAUAGUUUUGCCCGAACAGGAUGAAAUGGUACCGUUCAAUAAGACAGCAGUUUUGGUAGGGUGGGGAUAUAUCGACGCAUCUAUUGAUGAACCCGACGUUCUUCAAAAAGUUAAUUUAACGAUAUACGACAAUGAAUAUUGUGAACAAUAUCUGACUGCUCCUUAUAACAAUACCGAGAAUUUAUGCGCUGGAGUAUCGGGGAAUGACAGAGGACAAUGCAGUGGAGAUAGCGGCGGUCCUUUGGCAGUUGACGGUGUUCAAAUUGGCAUCGUUUCAUGGUCACUCAAACCGUGCAUCACGGCACCUGGUGUGUUCACGAAAGUAUCUUUGUACAGGGACUGGAUCAAGAGCGUUUCCGGCAUUUAAGAUGUGACGUGAAUAAAAAAAUUAUAAAUUUCGAUUUCAAAUAUUUGUAUUUUUGACGUAAAAUAAAAAUAGUUAUU